GCCGAAGUGUUGGGAAUGAGGGUCCUAGGUGGGGGUCGCUGUACCUGUACAUGCGAGUCGCAGACCUCACUGCCGGCCUCCGUUCUUCGGUGAUCCGGACUGUUUCCCGGAUCGAAUACAAGCUGAUCGGCCCUGGAUUAAAGCACUUGUGGCAAACCUGACGCCGCGGAGCAGAGAGAUUGUUCAACGUAUCCAACCGAGCCGCUACACACCACCAGCACUGCACGUCCCAACCGAUCGGACACCUAGAACUAUUACUGCAGCCUUCAAGACUUUCAAAAUGUCCGAGCCGCCGUACCCCCUGCAUCCGUCAGUCAUCAACCGCAUCAACCCAGAAUACAGGGACUUCUACAACAAACACGUCUUUGACAAGCAAGUCGUCCAUCGCCAACCCAUCUCGGCAUCUCGAGCCAGCGGCACACUGAUUCCGGGGGCUGGCCCCAAAGUGGAGGUUGCAAGCGUCGAGGACAUCACCAUCCCGAGAAAAGAAACGACCGGACCAGAUAUCUUGAUUCGAGCCUUUACACCUCUGGGUGAGCGGCCUACUAAAGGAUGGCCGUUGGCCUUCUGGUUUCAUGGUGGCGGAUGGGUUCUGGGAAAUAUUGACACGGAGAAUGUGAUUGCAACGCAUCUUUGCAACCGAGCCAAGUGCGCUGUGAUUUGCGUUGAUUAUCGCCUUGCACCAGAAGACCCUUUCCCUGCCGCAGUCGAUGACUGCUGGGAAUCUUUGCUCUGGGCCGUCUCCGCAGGCAUUGGCAGAUUUAAACUCGAUGCGUCCCGGAUCGCCAUCGGCGGCUCUUCCGCCGGCGGAAACCUCACGGCCGUGAUGUGUCAGAGGGCAACCCAGCGAUCAGACAUUCCACCAAUCGCCGUUCAGCUGCUCUCAGUUCCUGUUGCAGACAACACCGCAACAACUGACUCGCAGAACCCAGACCACGCAUCAUGGAAGGAGAACGAGUUUACGCCCGCCCUUCCGGCGGAGAAAAUGAUGUGGUAUCGCCUCCAUUAUCUGCCUGUUAAAGAAACAUGGCAACAUCCUGAGGCGAGCCCACUACUAUGGGAAGGUGAUUGGUCGAAGCUUCCUCCCGCAGUGGUCGUUGUGGGUGAGCUCGAUGUUUUGCGCAGCGAAGGAGAAGCUCUUAGGAAGAAGCUCCAAGAUGCCGGGGUCCAGGUUGAUCUACAUGUCAUGAAGGGACAACCUCAUCCUUUUAUUGCAAUGGAUGAGGCACUUGAAGAUGGGAGACGAGCCAUUACUCUGUUUUGCAAUAAACUGUUAGAAUUACUCUAGACGGCGACCGCAGAGGAUACACCUGGCCAAUCCAAUCGGCUUAGGAGUUAGACCCGAUGCUCCGAAGGGGCCUAGGUUGGGGAUUGUCGCGUUGGUAGACGGUAGCGCAAUAGUUUAUUUCGAAGACAAC